CUUUUCAUUUUCAUCUCUCACAUUUCUCCUCUUCUCUCUUUUCUUCCAUUAUUCUUCCCUACCCUUCUUCCUUACACCCAUCUUUCUCCCCCUUUCAUACACAUUCUUCAUACACAAAAAUGGCGAACGCUGCUUCUGGAAUGGCUGUAAGGGAUGAAUGCAAGCUGAAAUUUUUGGAGUUAAAAACCAAGAGAAACUAUCGGUUCAUUAUAUUCAAGAUUGAGAAUCAAGAAGUUGUUGUGGAGAAACUCGGAAGCCCUGAAGAGACUUAUGAUGAUUUCUCUGCCGCUAUUCCUGCUAAUGAGUGUCGCUAUGCUGUCUUUGAUUUUGAUUUCACUACCGAUGAGAACUGCCAGAAAAGCAAGAUUUUCUUCAUUGCAUGGUCCCCUGACACAUCAAAAGUGAGAAAUAAGAUGGUUUAUGCAAGCUCCAAGGACAGAUUCAAGAGGGAAUUGGAUGGAAUUCAGGUGGAAUUACAAGCCACAGAUCCUAGCGAAAUGAGCUUCGACAUAAUCAAGGCUCGAGCAUUUUAA